AAGCAAAUCUAUGACUAUAAAAGAAGCCAUUCUGUCUCCUUCCAAGCCAAUCCCAACUGACCAUGGGUGUCUAUUCGGCAAUCUCAAGCUUUUUCACAACCACUGCACCAAACUACCAUGGAACGUACGCCGUGUACCGGGUGUUCAUGUUCAUUUCCGGGGUGAACUUCUUCGACGAUGACUUCAUGGUCGGCCCACUGAACAUGGCUCGCUUCCUGGGCCCAGCGAUAGCUGCCAUCCUCGGGACAAUCUCCUGCAUGAUCCAUCUGCACCGAUACCUGGACGAAGUGGACCAGGUGAUCCUCAGCCUGGCGGCGUUCUUCUCCGGCACCGAGCUGCUCAUCAAGAUGUGCGGCAUGGCGUUGAAGCGGAACAAGGGCGCGGAACUGUUGGCGGUUAUUUUGAACGAUCGCAGCUACGAGGACGGACCGGUUGAGCGGGCGAUCUUUGUCAACUACCAUGGUUUGGCGAGGACGCUGAUGUUCAUCACGAUCUUUUCGUACCCGUUUACGGCGCUGAUGUUGAUCUCCUAUCCGGUGAUUGCGGGCAAGCUGGGCGAGUUCCUGCUUCCGAUGGGAUUCUCGAUCCCGUUCAUUAGCCACAAACAGCACCCGUGGUACGAGAUCAACUAUCUGAUCGAGGUCGUGCAGAUGGUGUGGUGCGCGAUCGCCUUCAUCGGACUCGACGGACCGUUCUACAUCUACGUGUGCUAUGCGACGUGCAAAAUGGAAGUGAUGAAGACGUACAUCGAGCAGAUCGGUGACAGCGAGGACGUCGAACAGCAGCGGGGUCUCCUGCGGAAGAUAAUCGGCAUUCAUACGCACGUUCUGCAGUUUCUUCGUGAUUGCUCCGACUUUUACCAGGAAAUCUACCUGGCGCAGGUGUUCUUUUCGAUCGCCCACAUUUGCGUCUCGCUGUUUCACGUCCAGUUGAAGUUGAAGAAUAGCUCGUACGGAAUGCUCGCGACAAACGUGGCCAAGAUGUGGAUCUUCUGCUACUGCGGCGAGUUGGUGGUCACCAAGGCGAACGAGGUCUGCGAGGCGAUGUACGCCAACCGGUGGUAUCGGCUGUGGCGCAAGGACGAUCUCCGCACGGUUCGGUUUGUCCUGGCCAAUACGCAGCAGAAGGUGGGCUUCUCGAUCGGAGGGUUUCGCUUUCUGUCGUACGAUGCAUUUACCGAGAUCAUGAAGACCGCCUACAGCUGCAACGCGUUCCUGCACAACAUGUUGAACUGAGUUGAAGAUUUCAUACGCGUCAAUGAAUCGAUGAAUAUUUGAAGUUAUUUGCACCAGUGCACAGCUUUGUUAAUCGUUCCUCUUUAAAUCACAGUUACAAGCAACAUUAAAGUUCUAUUGUUCAG